AUGCUGAUCGCUCAUAAAUAUGUGGAACUGGACGAAGCUCGAAGGACUCUGACAAAGCAACAUGAGCACACCAAACAAGAUAACUCCAGGUACCGAGGAAAAAAGGAAGAAGAUAGGCCGAGGACUCAGCAAUAUGGUGCAGGUCACAGACCUUAUGAUUUCACUCCAUUAAAUAAAGCACCAGUCUACAUACUCAGAUGGAUGAAGCAGAAUAGAGUGAUGUUCAACACACCCCGGAAGAUGGACCCCGACAUCCAGAGCGAUAAAAGCAAAUACUGUCGUUUCCAUGAAGGCUAUGGCCAUGACACGGAUAGAUGCUGGGACCUGAAGAGAGAGAUAGAGCAGCUGAUCCAGUCCGGACUUCAGAAGAAGUUUGUCAACGAUAGACCAGGAGAGAAAAGGAAGAGGGAGUCAAUAGAAAAAGAAGAGCAAAAUAAGAAACAAAAAGAAGUCGCAGGCGUAGUACACGUGAUAGAAGGAGGGGAGCCCUACAACAACACUCAGAAAAAGAAAAGGAAUAGAAGUGGAUCAGCCACUGUGUUCGCAAUCGAAAGAGAAAUAAUUCCGGAGGUGUCAUUCAGACCAGACGACGGACAACACGUAAAGGGACCGCACAAUGACGCGCUAGUGAUAGAGGCCGUGAUCAGAAAUCACCUUGUAAAACGAAUACUGGUAGAUGAAAGGCAGUUCCGUGAACUUAUUAACCUUGGAAGCGUUCAAAGAAAUGAAAGGCUCAGCAACGGACCUGCGGAAGUCCUCAGUCCCACUUGUGGAACUCGGAGGAACACCAAUACGACCAGAGGGGACUGUAAGCUUAUGCUUAGAGUUGGGAGACAAAAAUGA